ACAUAAAUAACAAUCUGACACAUCACCGUUCAGUUAUUGUUUAUUUUUUAGGUUGAAAUAAUGUUUUUCGUGAUCUAAGUGAAUACAAUUUGUAUUUUGUUUCCAAUAUCUUUAAAAUGAAAGAUAAUACAAUGGAACUACAAAAACCAAGUAAAACAAGUCUGUUGAAAUUGAUGAUUUUACGCGCUUGGCGUGAACGUUGGAAUGUUGCGCUUUGGGGUACCAAUAUUAAGCGAGUGCUUCCACGCGGAGUUAGUGGUGAUGCUUAUAACUUAGCUGAUUGUAUACUACAGCAAUCUUUGGUGGGCUCAAAUGCCAAUCCGUUAAUAUUAAAUUAUUUAAAACACUGUCUCUGUGCAAAUUUGGUCUCACAUGCCGCUGUUUUACGACGGAUAUCGAAAUACGAUAAUUUCGAUCGUGUUUAUUGCAUCACCGCGUUAUUAGAAUUCCUAGAAGAUGUUAUGGAUGGUGUAACAUGCAGAAACAAACCAGAAGAGGCUAUAUUACCAAACGCAAUUGCUUCAUUAGUAUAUUGGAUAAUGCAAAUAGUUGCUAUGAUCAUGAAAAACUAUGAAAUUGGCGGUGAUAUUACCGCUGAACAAUCAUAUAUGUUUGAACGGACAUGCAUUAUUGUCGACAAAUUUAUAUCCAAUCAAUACUUGAUGGGCAUAUUUUAUAUCGGUUGUUAUGAUGAUAUUGAAGUGUAUGGUAAAAUCCGUGACAAAUACAAUGGCUUUAAGAAUAUACUAACCAGUAGCCAUUUAUCGUCGCGUAAUAUGUCUAUAGCACAAUCGCUGCAACAGCUGGCAUAUUUAGAUGCUACCAAGUUAACUAUGCCACGUCUACAUUCAAAAGGUGUGGAGUCAAUAAGCUACUGCGUACAACCGCUCUUGGCGGUGGAAGUAUUAUUAAAUCCAUGUAAUGACACAUCAUACUUUGUCGCUGAGCUGCAAAUGAUACAGCGGCUCAAAAACUAUUCACUCACGCGUUUAAUUUACGAAAUUGUGCGCGCGGGCUUCAUUUCACUGAGUAAUGUCGUGGAAGUUAGCCGUGACACAUUGUGGGGCGCAUUCACAUUCUUCAAAGUACCACACAUCAUCAAGCAAUUGCAUACACUUCAACGUUCGAAUGAUGAGCAAACACCCACCGAUCAUAUCCCUGAGGUAGUUGAGGCUUUUGAGCUGCUUUUAGAAGAUAAUUUGCUGCUCGAUUUAAUGGAUACGAAGUGCUCGUGCAAUAUUAUAGAGUAUUUAUUGAACGAUUGGACUAAGCAACAUCUGGUGACUGAUGUGCAUGUUAAACAUUUUGCUACACAACGAGAGAGCACGUCAUUGAUGCUUCAAAAACGUGAAACAGGCAACCAAGCUUUGUCAAUAAUUAAUUUCAUCAUACGCGCAGAAGUGCCGCUAUCCGGUGUACUUAAGACACUAAGCACCGAUUACAACAAAGUGCAGGAAGCGCUAUUAGGUGUGCUCUGCCAAGUUUUAGUCGGUAACAGUUUCGAUUUGAUAUUGUCUGUGGCCACAGUAGAAGGUCGUUUAAAAACUUUCGUUACACGACUGAUACAGUGUAAUGAAAAUUCGAAACAGGUUCCCGGUGAAAUUGGUAAACCCUCAAUUAUACGUUCAACACUUUUUGACGUGUCAUUCCUCAUGUUGACAUUUAUAGUACAAACCUAUGGAUCUGAUGUCGUUUUAUCGGAACAUGGUGACUCCUUCUUCGAGAAGUGGGUGCGUGAAUGCAUGGCUGAACGUAAUAAACCGAAAAAUCCACGUAAUAUGAUUGCACUCUGCGACGAACAAAUUGUGGAUGAAUUGUUAUUAAGUUUGCGAAGCCCCGAAGCACAACAUAAAAACAGCAAUCUCACAUGGCAAGAUAUAUGCUUAAAUCUGCCGGGAGUGCUCAAUCAUGUGCUUAUUGCAUGGGAAAAAGACAUACUUACAUCGACUGAUGUGAAGAGUAUAUUAGAGAAUAUCAAACGUAGAAUGUUCUCCUUCUCCGUGUGCGCUACUUCAUUUUUAUGCGCUUAUAUGUAUUCAGUUCGUGAGAAUGAGCUGCUCAAGCCAUUAAAUAUGAUACAACAAUUUUUAACACCACUCAGCAGUGAAGAGAUGGCUUCACAGGAAAAUGUAAAAGAGCGCCUGGGCUUGUCUUUUCAAAUAAUACGUAAAAUGCAACAAGAUGCACAUCCCUCGGGCAAUACCAAAUCACGUAGUAUAACGCUCACACAGAAUUUGGUGUCGCAAACACCACUUUCUGAUCAGUUUCGUGAGGUGUGGAAAACGGUGACAGAGCAUGGCUGGUUGCCAGUAAUGUCCGCACAGGUGUUGGAGUCUUUAUUGCAGUCUGGCGGCCCAACUUGGUUAACAAGACAUUUGGUACAAGAAAUAAUGACCUGCAAAUAUACAAAGGACAUGAUGAAGACUAUGGAUAUAGUAUUUGCUAUUUUACACUUGGACAUUGAACGCAACACUGAGGCGCUACUGAAGGACGUAAUUCCAUCAUAUGCGCAUCAAAUGGUUGGCGGAGAAAUAAAUGAACCUCAGUCACAUGUUCUGGCUUUGCUCUCCGUAUACUGCAUUAUAUCUGCACUGGAGCAUCGUCAAGGUGCUAUUGGUAACUUACAACAAAAGCGUACGCGCACGCCUAGUGAAGCCGAUUGCAACAGCGUUGAUUUGGAUUUAAAUAAUGUACCGAAAUUACGAAAACUGAAUCAGGAAGCCGGUUCAGAUAACUCUUGUUCGAAUGAUUUCCUUAGUGACACUCAUCCCCUAUUGUCAGCUGCCGGUGUUGUUAGUAAUGUUGAUAAUGCUGGUCCGACGGUUUCCCGCGAUGCAGCCCGAUCCGCAAAUCUUAAAGAGCCAUUGCAAUCUAGUGUACAACAUAUCUUUAAAGUAUUACAGAAGUUUGUAACAUCGGACGAGUUGACACCAAAAGUGUAUUUUACAUAUCGUUUUAUUUCUUUGCUGGUCGAGUGUGGUGGAGAGCGUAUACGGCCGGUACUCAAAUUACUGCCUACACAACUCGUUCAAAAUCUACUCAAAAUUAUGGUAACCGAGGAUAUUAGUGUGGGCUUGAUAUGUCGUGAAUAAAAACCGUGACGUCCAACCUGAUGACCCAACUCUCAACAGAACAACCGAAAUUUCUUAGUGGACAUAAGGUAAACAUAAACCCGAAUCGUUCCAUUUACCUUGACUAGUUAAAGAUUUAUAUACAAUGGAAACUAUAUCCACUGUUUUAUGAUCAUUACUAUUUAAAAAGCCUAAAGCUAUAUUCAUCCGCAUUCUUAUAUGCAUACUGAAAUUACGGAAAUAAGUUUUUAUUAAAGAUAC